AUGAACGUCAAAAAGAUUCUCCAGGCCGGUCUAGGAUUCGUCAUCAUUCUCGUUAUAUUCGUCUUCGUUAGAGAACUCGCCCGCGAGACAGCCGUCCACCCAUCUCACUCUCCCACCAAUGCUAACCGCAAGGAGGCUCCUCAUGAGAUCAUAGAGCAACUUAAAGAGCAGGUAGCGGGUCGCGAGGCGGAAAACACAGAGAUGCAAGAUCUGGAGAAGGAGAUCCAACGGCUGAGACAGGACAUCAGAGUUCUAUCGAGCGGCGGAGGGCUUCCGACCGGAGCGCACUUAACGGCGACGGAUUUAAAGACCGCCGCAGAUGUAGGGGUGGACGCCACGGCUAUAUGCGAGCAGCAGCUAUCUCACUGUAAGAGGCAGAAGCUUGAGGGGCGUUCCUUACUCUCCAGUACUCCUUCCGCGGAAGGUGGUUCAGCUUCCGCUACUGUCUCCGCGCCAACGGCGGGCGCGGAAGGGUCAGCAGGACCCGCGGGUGGCGCAGGGGGAGCGGGGGAAGUGGCGGAAGGGGGUUCCAGCGCCGUUCCGCCAGUCUCCCCCGCGGUGGCGGAGCUUCAGCGGAAGCUGGCGGAUCUACGGACGGCGUACGAUGCGAUGAUGAUCGACAAGCGCAAUCUGACGGCUGAGCUCGCGCGGCUGUCCCACAACGGCACGUGCGGACCGUUGGUCAAUCUGACCAUGGUGGAGGGCGCGGCUCGGGACCUAGCUUCGGAUUGCGCGGAUGCUGCUAAGAAGCAGACGGAAGCGGAAAUGCAGAUAGUAACCGGGGGAGCUGGGGGAGCCGGCGGAGGGGGAGGGGGAGCGGAAGGGGGAGGAGAAACUGGAAAGAAAUUGUCUCCUCAUGAGGAAAAACUGAUGUCAGUUCGAACGUGUAACGGGUCAGAUGAGGAGUUACAACUGUACAUGAACUACACUGCCAGACAGGCGUGUCCCGACGACUGGUUACUCGCUCAACGGCUCAUGUUUGAAAAGAACUGCUUCUGCCUGCCCCGCCGGCUCUGCUUCGCAGCCACUCCACCGCAUUACACCGAACCGCACCUUGGCCCGCCGGAUUCGCUUUUCAGUCAGGAGAUGUUGCGAGAUGAGAAUGUGCGGUGGGGAUUGCACGAGUGCAAGUCGUACGCGUGUGUGAAUUCACGGGAGAAGGGGGAGUGCAGGAAUUGUUUUAACAUGAGUUUGGAGGUGAAGCGGUGGCAGACGCCGUACCUGGGUACCAUACAUAUGGCGCAGGUCUGGCAGCUCAAGCCUCCCGGCUCGCUUCGGAUCGGCCUGGAUGUGGGUGGAGGUUCGGGGAGUUUUGCAGCUCACAUGGCCCGUUACAACGUAACCAUUCUUACAACUUCGAUGAAUAAGGAAUUCAUUGAAGGUGUAGAUGGGGGGCUGCCUUAUAUGGAGACUAUUGCUUUAAGAGGAUUGGUGCCGCUUCACGUCCCCACUAAAGCCCGGCAACCGUUUUUCGACAACACCCUCGAUAUAAUACACUCGGCUCAAAGUGUCCGAUACUUUUCAGUUUCGGAACUGGAGGAGCUGAUGUUUGAAUGGCACCGGAUUCUUCGGCCAGGCGGCAUUAUUUGGUUUGAGCUGCUGACAGCUCCUACAAGCAAGAUGAAGCAGUAUAUAGUGGUGAUUAACAUGUUCAAGUAUAAGCAGCUGUACUGGGAUCUUGCGCCUGUGAAUGAUCCGAAGAAGAGCAAGACCCAUGUCUACUUGAACUGUGUAUUGGAGAAGCUUAGGAACGGAGGGCAGCAGGAGCUGCCGAGCGGAGGGCAGCGGCAGCUGCCGAGUGGAGGGCAGCGGCAGCUGCAGAGCGGAGGGCAGCAGGAGCUGCAGAGCGAAGGGCAGCAGGAGCUGCAGAGCGGAGGGCAGCAGCAGCUGCAGAGCGGAGGGCAGCAGCAGCUGCAGAGCGGAGGGCAGCAGCAGCUGCCGAGCGGAGGGCAGCGGGAGCUGCAGAGCGGAGGGCAGCAGCAGCUGCAGAGCGGAGGGCAGCAAGAGCCGGUUUGGGUGUUGGAUGUGGAGAUGGCGGACGAGGCUUGCACCGAUGAGCUGGAAUCAAGCCCCAUGGAGGGGGAGAAUGCCAACCCUGAUUCCCCGGACCAAGCGGAAAGGCCCCGAGCGCGGGGCCGGGGCCGGAGGCGACGGGCAACCAAACUGCAGCAGUUGCAGAGCGGAGGGCAGCAGCAGCUGCCGAGCGGAGAGCAGCAGCAGCUGCAGAGCGGAGGGCAGCAGCAGUUGCCGAGCGGAGGGCAGCUGCAGCUGCAGAGCGGAGGGCAGCAGCAGCUGCCGAGCGGAGGGCAGCAGCAGCUGCAGAGCGGAGGGCACCAGCUGCCGAGCGGAGGGCAGCAGCAGCUGCAGAGUGGAGGGCAGCAGCAGCUGCAGAGCGGAGGGCAGCAGGAGCUGCAGAGCGGAGGGCAGCAGCAGCUGCAGAGCGGAGGGCAGCAGCAGCUGCAGAGCGGAGGGCAGCAGCAGCUGCCGAGCGGAGGGCAGCGGGAGCUGCAGAGCGGAGGGCAGCAGCAGCUGCAGAGCGGAGGGCAGCAGCAGCUGCAGAGCGGAGGGCAGCAGCAGCUGCAGAGCGGAGGGCAGCAGCAGCUGCAGAGCGGAGGGCAGCAGCAGCUGCAGAGCGGAGGGCAGCAGCAGCUGCAGAGCGGAGGGCAGCAGGAGCUGCAGAGCGGAGGGCAACGGCAAUUGCAGAGCGAAGGGCAGCAGCAGUUGCAGAGCGAAGGGCAGCAGCAGCUGCAGUGCGGAGGGAUGGAGCUUGCAAGGCCGUUAGAGGGGGGCAUGGAGACGGAGUCUAGCAGGAGGGUCUUGCCGGCGUGUUCGAGUGGAGAGGAGCACCCAGACCCUACAUUGACACCCCCGCCCCGCAUUCCGGAGAAUCAUGCGUCGUAUCCCACAGCGCGCUAG